CGGUGCAAAAGUUUGGCAGGAAAGUUGUGGAGCCGCCGGUGAAAAGUUCUCAGGGGUGAUGAUAGAUGUAAAGCAGAGGAACUGUUCUCCUCUCGUCGUGUGCCAACCUAGACUUGCGAUACUGCAGGCUCAUGUCAAAGAGUCCAGUGCCUCACAGGAGGCAAGUGGAAAAAGAGACGCGGCGGGUGCUGGAAGCAUUCCUGCAAGGGGCACUGAGCAACGGAGAGGCAGGGCCCCCAGGUCAUGUGGGAGGUAGCUACCAUGACCCCGAAAGUUACAUGCACAGGUCCCCAGCUGAACAUGGUCCACAGUGUCCAGCCUGGACCCCAGUUCAUGAGGAAAUUAACCGCGUGGAGGAGAGAAAACAUGGCUUCCGCACCAGCCUCAAGCACCUCCUGCGGCGGCGGCCCAGCCCUCGCAGGCCCAGCCCCUGCGAGCCCUCAGACAGCCUUCCUUCCUCAAAGGACUCAUUGAAGCGGUCCAAGGCAGGGGGAGAGGGAGGGGAGGGGACCCGCCAGAAGCGUGCCUUCUCCUUUAAGAACCUCCUGCGGAAGAAGGGUGCCACCUCAGAGGAGACAGCGGGCCCCGCUACCCCCCGCCAGCGGCCUGACUCUUUGCCUCUUGACACCUGCUACUGUAGAAAACACCCAGCCGAGCAACAGGAGCCCCAGGCAGUCGAUACCAGUGCUGAGGAUGAUGAGUUUUAUACUUUGGUGGCCCAGAAGCUGGAGCACUUCGUGAAACAGCAACAGCGGAUCAGCCCUGUAGCAGCAACAAGAUUGCCUUCAGUAGACCAGAUCAACACGCUUCCCACGGACACUGUAUCCAGUACACCAGUGAAUUUGGAAGAAUUGCAAGGAGGACUGGAUGAGAAACGGAAAGAGCAAAUCCUCCAGAAACUGAUUGCCCUCCUGGAAGAACAGGCUGGAGUCAUCAAUAAGGAGAUUGAGGCAGACCCGUUACUGCGCAGCACCGUCUCCCGCCUGUCGUACCGCAGCUUCUCCCGCAUGGCUGAGGUCUUCACCUCACGGACCCCACCUGGUGUCUCCAGCCCCCAGCUGGCCAAGCUGGCCCUCACCAUGGAGCUCACGCGGAAAGUGGCCGGCAUCAACAGCCACGCAGUCCACACCCUCAUGGGCUACAGCCUGCAGUAUAUGGACAUGUUUGUGCCUUGGCUGCAGCAGCAAGGUGGCUGGGAGAACAUUGUGGCCCAGGAUGAGAUAUUUGACCUGCAGCUCGACUAGCCAUCCUCCCCCAACCCCAACACCAUGUUCUUAUGAAUGUGACACAGGGGAGCACUUUUCUGGGGGGAGCUGAUUCCUGGGGAACUGUUUACAGUCUCCGAGAAAAGUUGCAUCUUUCCUCUCUGCCAGGGUAUAAAGGCCAGUCAAGGAAGAACCUACUCUUCAUGCAACCAUGAGUGGAGUUUGACUUUUACUCAAAUUUCUGGGAUCUAAAGAUCCACACUCACGAAUUCCACAUUUCUGCACUCGGAAUGGAUUGGAGAAAUUGACAGUCUUGCUCUGGUGACGACUUAUUGCAGGUCUGUUCCUGCAGAAUUUCAAGUUUUGGAGGUUUUUUAAUUUGAUGUUUUACUUGGGCAAAGGAGACUUGGGGACUUGUAGAAAAGAGAGGCGAAAGAAGUAAGUAAAGGGAGGGGAAAUGGACUGACAGAUAGCUUUAUAAUCCCACCCUGCUGAUGCUCUUGGAGAGUGCCUUGUUAGAUGAAUUCUGUUUUAUUCUCAGCCUUCCCCAACCUGGUGCCCUCCAGAUGUGUUGAACUACAGCUUUCCUCAUUCCCAGCAAGCAUGGCCAAUGAGAAGAGCUGUACUCCCAAAAACAUCUGGAAGGUACCAGGCUGCUCAACCAUCAUGAGAACAAAAAAUAUAUAUGGAAAAGUUAUUAAAGAGAGCGCGAGAGAAAGAAACAUUAGCUGAGAAUUACAGGAUUCUAUAAACACUAUUAAAAUGUUGCCUUCGCCACAUUCCCACAAACAGUAUGUUUUUGUGUGUGUUUACAUGGAAAUGUGUAACUGAAUUCAGUGCAAUAACUUACUCCCAAGUAAAUGUGCAUGGGUUACAAUCCUCAGGUGGCCUCAAGGACCACUUACUCCCUCAUGAACUUAUCCAGAUGUUGAGAUCUUCCUCAAAGGGCAUUCCUCAGAUCCCCCAUCGUCAGAGUGGAGGUGGGUGAUGACCCAAGAUAAGAGUCUUACCAGUGGUGGCACCCCAUCUUUGGAAUAGCCUCCUGAGAGAGGCUUGCCUGAUGCCUACUUUGUUAUCUUUAGAACACAACGGGAAGACCUUUUUUGUUUGCCCAGGCUUUUUAGAUGUGGUUUGGUUUUACUUGGCUCUGGUUUCAAGAUUUGAUUCUAUUCCACUGUUUUAUAAUUAUUGUUUUUGUGUUUUUAUCUUUUAAACUUUUUGAAUUUGUGAGCCACUUACUUUGGGAAGCUUUACAGGUGGAAGUGCGGGAGAUAUAUAUAUAUAUGUGUGUGUGUGUGUGUGUGUGAUAAAUCCUAUACAAAACUUAUUUGUAUGUCAGUCCUAUUAAACUCAAUGGGACCACCUUCCAAGUAAAUAUGUAUAGGGUGGGUUUUUAAGUCUCUGAAAAUAAUUUAACCCUUCAACUCAGGGGUGUGGGAGUGUUUCUGUGGAAUACCAACAGCUUCUUUGAAGCAUUGA